AAUGACACGGUAGAAAACGAAAGUGCGAAGAAAUUUCAGCUUUUCCACCAUCAUACGAAAGUCACAUAUAAUAUCCUCUCCAUUUUCUACUCCACCACUUUAUUAUUAUUUCCUCCAUUAUCAUCCAUCCUCCACUCACUUUUCUGCUCCAAAAUGGGUUCCACAACCAGUCGAAUCGGGUCGGAUCGUUCUUCACACCCAUCAAGAAUGAAGCGAACUAAGCGACUUCUAUCUUCUCUACUCCUAUGCGGCCGUAACCCCAACUCAAAUCCUCAUCCAACUGUCUUAGAGUUGGAAUCCCCUAUCAACUCCAUAGAAAACGUUGCUCCUGCUAGUGUUGAAUCUAUAAGUUCUGCAGGCGUUUCCUCUUCAUUCUUUGGUUCUGAACCAGUGUGCACAAGCUCUAAAUCUUCAGUGUCAGAACCCGAAGGGUCCGAAAGUCAUCCUAUCGAAGAACCCGUUGUGGGAAAUCAUGGGUCGGACCCGGUUACCGGGUUUGACCCACAAAGUGUAGUGAAUGAAGGUACGUCCCUGAGUUCUUCCACCAAUAUAGCUCAAGAAAAUCUCGAUUCUGAAGAAAAUUCAGGGCAGAAUCAUAGCGAUGUAAACCCUAGGAGUGCGGAUUCCAAUGCACGGGCGGUGUUGGUUCUUUCUGAUUCUUUUCUGAGUCUUCGGAUGUUUGGAAGUAGUAUAACAACUUCUGGUACGGGAAUACUUGUUGUGGAAUCGGGGAGUAUAUCUCCUGAUGCGUUUUCCAGUGGUGUUUCGGAAAGUAAUAUUCGUGAAUCGAGAAGGAAUUUUGGUGGGUUUUUUGGGCCUAUUUCUUCUAGACGCAGGUAUCGAAGGGAAAGUGAUUUUCCGUCACUUUUUUCAACUAAUGUUGAUGAUUUUGGAUCCCGUGAUCGAUGGCUUCUUGAUAUUGGUGAUGACCAUCAUCAUCAUGGUUAUAGAAGUCAUGGUAGAAAUGAAGAGAGAAGGCACUUUAGAUCACAGAUGUCAGAAAGAGGUUUAGGUGGUGUUGAUGAACACGCUAGGCUAUGUGCAUCUGGGCUGCAUCGCGAUGGAACAUGCUCGUGUGGCUCGUCUUUCAUGGAUGAAGAGGCUGGUGCACUUGGAACUAUAUCCCGUGUGGUUUUGCUUGCGCAGGCUUUGUCUGAGGUACUGGAUGAAAUCCACAGGCAGCCUCUAUCAUUAUCAAUGCCAAUGCUCUCACUACCUGCCCCCGAGUCUGUUGUGGAUUCGUUUCUUCUUAAAAGUCACAAGAAGAUGAACGCAUCCGAAAGUGGCCCAAAUUAUGUGCAACAGUGCUACAUUUGUCUGGUUGAUUAUGAGGAAGGAGAUAAAAUUAGGGUUCUUCCUUGCCAACAUGAAUAUCAUGCCCCUUGUGUCGAUAAAUGGCUUAAAGAAGUCAACGGCGUGUGCCCGGUUUGUAGAUGCAAUGUUUGUGACACACAUGCAGACGACACCCAGGCUUCGGUUUCGACUUCAGAACUCCCAGCUUGAUGAUGCAACUGUAUAUAUAUUAUAUUAUAUAUGCACAUGUUGGCACAACCAUAGUAUGUAAAUAGUCAAGACACAGAUACAUGUUUUAACUAAAUGUUAUCUUGGUUUAUCUAGUUCUGUUUAAGCCUUCAGGUCACUAGUUUUACAACUCUA